GAGAGACUUGAGCGGGCUGUAAGCUGUAGACCGGAGUUGGCGUCCUCGUACCUGCACUCGCUCCCUUCGACCUCCAUCAUCGUCGCUCUCGUCUCUUGUAUCAUCACCCAGUGUACUGCUCAGAAAUGAGGGUUCUACCAGGCAUAUUCAACGUUGCUACCAGGUUCCUAGGCCGGGCUAUUCGGAGAGACUGUCUGGACAGGCUCCCGAACGACCUGCUCGUCGACGUCCUAUUCGACUACUUAGAUGUCAAAGACAUCAUCCGGAUGCGCAGGGUUAGCAGGCUAUACUACGAGCUUACCCACCACGCGGCGGUCUGGAAGCGCCUCCUUCGUCGCAUCGAUGUUCCGCUCCCGCCCGCGCCUCUCACUCCCAAACGACCUCUGUCGAAAAUCUCAGGGUUAGAGGCUGAACGCCUUGUCGUGCGCGCCUACUCCUUGGACAUGAAUUGGCGGCGGCAUCAUCCAAGGGCGCUCCGUGAGUGGUCCUUCGAUGCACAGCGGCGCGUACUCGCUAUGACUCUCCUUCCUGGCGGAGAUUAUCUCGUCGCGUCCGUGUCCAACCGUGCAGGAGACAGGUAUUACCUCGUUGUAUAUGCAAUGAACGCUCCUGGAGCUCCACAAGCUCUCACUGCGGUGGAAACCACCACUAAAGCCUACGACCUUCAGGCGAAGUAUAUGACAAUCAAGGAACAGCGAAGCAUCGUCAUCGCUUACCUCCGGCGGGAUUAUCGUAAUAAGAAGGACAGAAUGAGAGCCAUGCGAGGGUACCUCCCAGACGUAUCCUCCUACAGUACUCAGUACUCCGUUGCGGACGUACAGUUCAAGUACGAAUGCUCCGUAUUGCAGCUAUCGCUACACACCCUCGACACACUCGCGUCCAUCCCAUAUCCCAGCAACUCGCGCGAAUACCGCUAUGUGGCCGAAGCGCUCCCCAAACCAUUCAACAACCUUUUCAUGUUGACUUCGAAAAGUCAACUUUCGUCCCCGGUGCUCGCGGAGAUGUAUGGCUCCGCAUACCUUGCGUUGGUGAGGGCCGAUAACGACAUCAUCUUCAAAAGGUUGGAGGGAGGGGGGGCGGCGACGCUCACCUGCCUGGAGCUGCCCGUUGCUGCCGAACGGUCUCACCACAUCAGAGCCAUCCAACUCCUCUCACAAGAGAGCGCAGUCUUCGUUGUACGUGAGAUCAGCGGCGCUCCGGGUGUUCCGCAUAGUUGUCCUGCGUACGCGGUCGAGACAUAUCGCGCACUUGAAUGCGGAGACGCGCCCGUAACGCAGCUGCAUGCUGCAGAGCAGUGCAUCAUAGCUUGGGACUUGGGCCAUCUCACACACCUCCACCUUCCCGAGUUCCCCUCCUUCACUCGCCCCGAAGACCUCAUCGCCGAAGACAAGCGCCCUGCCCCCGUCCCGCCUCCCCACCCGGCCCUUCGGCCCGCUACUCCGCGCACAUCGUCCUCCGCUCGGUCGCCAUCUACCAAGGUCCCGCGACCGCCGCCUCCGAUCUGUAUGAUCGGCCGCGCGCAUCCACAGUGCGGUCGUGACGAAUCGAUCGUGCGCAUGCUCUUCCUCGCGCAGCGGUUCGAGGUCGACCUCCCGCCUACGCCGCCGUACUACGACCGGCACGGGAACCCCAUUCAUCGCACGCAGAUCGUAUACCGCACCGCGCUCGAGAGGAACCAGACGUGGACCCGCCGCGCGACUGAUUACAACGCGUACCUCCGCAUCAUUCCUGCGUUGACGCGCCCGCUGGUAUAUGCAAUCCCGUGGGACGACACAACGGAUGCGCCAAAGGUGCUCGACGUGCGGCCCGUGAUUGACCGCGGUUGGCAGCGUCCGCCGCGCCUGGAGGACGGGGUCGUGAGGCACCCGGAGGGGCUGGUAGGGUGUCCCUCGUUUGAUGGAGGACCGCAGGAACUAGACGCGAACGUGACCGCAUUUGCUUGGGAUGAGACGAUCGGGAGACUGCUGGUUGCAGAAGAGUCGUCCAAUGAGAUCAUGGUGUUUGAUUUCGCGGCUGAGCCCGUCCAGCAUUUUGACAAGACGAGGUAUCCUAUACCACUGCAAGACAUUCCGAACCCGGAUAUCGCUAUGGGUCCUCAUGAGAACCCUUGGACCGUCAUCGCAUAAUGUUACUGUAUUGCAUCUG